AUGCCAGCAAUCAAGGGAGAGGAGAAGCUGCACGACAGAGAGGUAACCGGCGUCCCUGGGACUGUCCGGCGUAGUGGAGCGCAGGCUCCCACGUUCGAGACUUUGCCCAUACGUCCGGGGAUUUGUGCUUGCCGGGCCCGUAACAACAGUGGAGUGGCUGAGCAAGCCACAUGUGUAUGGGGUUUGCCACAGGGCUCGAAGAGCCCGGCCGCGGACGCCCGAGGGGCGGCGGCCAGAGGCGCCUCGCAAGUGGCGGAACACAGUGUACGUGCUGGCAUGAAGCCAGAGACUUGGGGUUUUAGCAGUUACUACCUCCUGCUGGCGUACUAUUCCUCGGUGAACAUCAUGGCUACGUUCGGGACGCACGAGCAAUCGAUUGUCAAUGCCAUCGACAGACUGGAAACAGCAAGGACUCAGGUGGGUUUACACUUACUUGAUCCUUUCGUCCCUGACGGUUCGGUUAGUGAGCAGCUCCAUCAGCUCCACGAACGUCAGGAGGUUAUUUGCUCGCAUAUUUCUCGUCUUGAUGUAGCUCUUUCUCUUCUUCGUGAACGUUGUAAUGUAAUGUUAUAUCAUGUCUCUCUACCUUCCUCGACAGAGGAAGAACGGAGGGCAUACGAGUUACUCUUGGAGAAGUAUCAGCCUACGAAAGUUCAAGAGGAGGCUGAGACUCUCAUUCAUACGUUACGGUUGGCUCGAGAGGCGUGCGAAAAUACCAUCCAAUCCAUCCGUCUCCAACAGCUUGCUACCGUCAUUGCCGAUGACAACGAGGCGACAACACCUGUCUCGUUGAUGGAAUCUUCACGUCGUUCUUCGGAGCAUCAAGAAGUCGCAAAUAACGGAGUGCAACGAAGAACUGACGUCACAUCACAGAUUGAGGAUCGACCUGUCAAUCCGACAGAACAGCUUAGUCGACUCCACAUUGGCGAUUCCACACACCAAUCUGCUAGGGAUAGUCAACCAUCGCAAGAUACGGGAAUAGUUCCUCCAACGUUUCGGUUGCCCAUUCAGUUGGAGAAACUUUCAUUGCCUACUUUCGAUGGGGAAGCUACGAAGUUUCAGCAGUUUUGGUGCGCCUUCGAAAUGGCUGUUCAUAAGGACGAGACGAUCGACCCUAAUAUGAAGUAUCUCUACCUACAGAGUCUCCUAAAGGGAGAAGCGGAGAUAGUACUUCAGGAUAUGGAGCCAGGAAAGAACAACUACAAUCAGCUUGUCCAAGCGCUGAAGAAACGCUACGAUUGCCCAAGAAGAACUAGAGCCUUGUUGCAUCAACAACUUCAACAGCUCCCGCAGGCAUCCGAAGCCGCAACGGACAUGCGUAAUACCUGGUUCAGAUUAUCCGGAAUACUACAUUCACUUCGGAGAUUUGAGGAUCUCAACAAAGUCCUUUCUAUCAUCGAUCUUGUACGGAGUAAGUUUCCCUCGUUCAUCCAGGAGAAGCUUACCGAUACGGAGUACCAACGAGGAAAGGAUCUUGAUCUCCAGCAGGUGAUGGCUUGUCUAGACGACAUCAUCACUGCGAGAGAGAGGUUCGAAAUCACGUGCCCAAGAACGGAGAUAUGUACUGUAGGCAGAGAUCGUAAUCACAACUUGCAGGAAGAGCAAGAUCACAACUCACAUCACAGCACGCAACGGAGACGUUCAGGAACACGCUCACGCUCACAUUCAGGACCAUCACGUGUGACUUACGACCCUACUAGGUGUUCUUUCUGCGAUUCCACGUUUCACAGAACUUCGCGAUGUACAGAGCACAUACCAGCUUCCGUACGGAGGAAGAUAGUAUCCGUGUAUGGACUGUGUUUUGUGUGCUUACGUCAAGGACAUAGACGAGGUUCUUGUGACUAUUCGUCUUGUAGAACUUGUGGAGGAAGACACCACCCUCUUCUUUGUAUUCUUUCUCGAAGUGGAGGACGUACUUACGCAAGUAACUAUAGGUCGCUUAGUCGGGAAUUGCAGGAUUAUAGAGCAAGGUAUCGCUCCCGUAGAGACUCAUAUCCAUCUAGGAGUCCAGCACGGCAUGGUUCAAGAUCCCGAGACUAUUCUCGAGGUCGUACCUAUCACCGGCGCGAAAGCAGCUAUAGGAGUAGGUCGGAUACAAGAUCGCGAUCACCAUCAGAUCACGUAUCCUUCAGAUUACCUGUUAGAGGACACGAACACGACUCUUCGCCAAGAGAUCGUCGUCGAAGACCAUACCGUUCUCUAUCACCUUCGGCUCAUCAUCUAGGAGUCACAUCGGAUAGUGAGUACGAAGAUUACGUUCAAAGUUACGUGCGCUCACAAUUAGUUAGUAGACCACAUUCACAUUCACAUCCCACAUUGAUGAUGGUCAAGGCUAAGGUUUUGGACGCUCAGGAUGGGUUACAGACUGUUGUUAUCCUAUUGGAUUCUGGAUCUCAAUGUAGUUUCAUCACCAUCGCAGCUACAGAUAGACUUGGUCUUCAGGUUAAGAACAGGAAACCGCUCACGUUAGUCACAUUCGGCGGUUCGAGGACAACGGAGGUUUUAGGAACGGUGGAAGUCACCUUCGUCGAUUUGCUCGACAAACGACUAACAAUCCUUCUUCGUACGAAGGAUCGACUUACAUCUAGUCAUCGUUCUCCUCAGUUGUCACCAGAGGACAUUAAGUUUAUUAACGAUCUAGGAUUCGAUAAGCCGGUCUGUUGUACAUCUACAUUCGUCGAACCAGACGUCUUGAUCGGAAUCGACUACCUCUGGGAGAUAGUCACUCAGGAAGCAUCUGUCUGCCUUCCCUCAGGGUACUUCGUUUUUUCACAAGGACCGUCCGGAACCACACCCUCCGGAACAUAUCAGCUCCUUGAAGAAGGAAACGAAGAUGAAGACAUCGUUACCAGACUCUGGCGUUUAGAACGCUUAGGUAUUGCUGACUCGCCAUACGAUGACGACAACGCCGAACUCGACGCUCACAUCCUCAAGCAGUUUGAGGACACAUCACAGGUAAGUGACGGAUACCUCUAUGUUAGGUUCCCUUGGAAAGAAGAUCAUCCACGAUUGGCCGACAACAAGCAGUUAGCGUAUUGUCGAUUGGUCAAUCAAUACCAGAGGUUACACGAGCAAGGAAACGCUUGGGAAGAUUACUGUAUGGCUAUCGAUCAACAUUUGCAGUAUGGGUUCAUCGAAGAGGUAAGUGAAUACAAAUUUGACAGUCAUUUAGUGUAUUACAUCCCACACCAAGCUGUCUACAAGGAGUCUUCUUCUACCACAAGGCUCCGAGUAGUUUUCGAUGCCUCAUCACAUAUGAGAGGUGUUCCCAGCUUGAAUGAUUGUCUUUACGAAGGCCCUUCCUUGUUACCAGAUAUUGCAGGUGUUCAUUUAAGAGCUAGGCUUCAUAGGUAUCUUCUUACGGCGGACGUUGAGAAAGCUUUUCAUCAAGUCCGUUUACAAACAUCGCAGCGUGAUGCCACACGUUUCCUCUGGCUAAAGGAUACGACUCUACCACCAUCCAAGGAUAAUUUGCGUCAUUACCGUUUCACAAGAAUCCCGUUCGGCGUCAAAUCAUCUCCAUUCAUGUUGGCAGCAGCAAUCCGGUUCUACCUCAAGCACAUCGAUUCUCCUCUUCGGAGCGAGAUCGAGAGAAACACAUAUGUGGACAAUGUCAUUCUAGGUGCUUCUUCUAAUCAAGAAGCUGUACGUAAAUAUAGGAUGGCAAAGUCUACAUUCGCUCACAUGCACAUGAAUCUUAGAGAAUUCUUGUGCUCUUCACACGUAGUUAAUGAUCACAUUCACACACGAGAUCGCAUCAAGGAUCCUAAACGUGCCAAGCUGCUAGGAAUUCCGUGGAACCAUUUUAGAGACACACUUCACAUUCCUAUUAAGACCAUAUGUGGCCGUGUAUACUCUAAGCGUACAGCACUUCGAGCGUACGCAUCCACAUAUGAUCCUUUAGGUCUUCUUACACCAUUUCUAGCAUCUGCCAAGCUCUUCAUCCAAGAUUUAUGGCUGAAGAAGCUUAAAUGGGAUGACGAAUUGGAGCAAGAGGACUUACAUAGAUGGUCACGUAUUCUUUCAGACUUGGAACAUCCGUUACCUCACAUUCCUCGAUGCGUUACUCCUAAUCACAGGACAACGUACGAAUUGUGCAUCUUCGGAGACGCUUCUAAACGUCUUUAUGCCAGUUGUGCUUAUCUAGUGUGUCGAUCAUCCAACGUAUUUACAUCGAACUUAGUUAUGGCGAAAUCACAUCUCAAUGAGACUAAGCCUCUAACUAUUCCUAGGAUGGAACUGCUAGCAAUUCGGAAUUGUGUCUUUCUCGCGCAGUAUCUCCAUAAAGAAUUGGAUCUCACACUCACAUACAUCCACUUCUUUACGGAUUCACAGAUCACACUCCAUUGGAUUCAUUCGUCCAGACCGCUAAGGCAAUUCGUUCACAAUAGGGUAAGUUCUAUUCAUAAGAUCUUAUCCUACUUUCAGGACAAAGGAGUGCCUACCAAGUUUCAUUUCGUCGCAUCCGAAGACAAUCCAGCAGACUGCGCUACGCGAGGACUAGCUACGAAAGAUGCGAAGAAUCAUAUUUGGUGGACAGGACCAUCUUUUCUACGACGAUGUCCGGAACAAUGGCCUCACAGCGAUAUGGAUUUCACAAUCCCUCCAGUUACAACGAAGGAGCAGGAUCAAGAAUUCAUGGAGGUAAGUUUAAUUCGAGAAAGUUCACAUUCUUCGGUUUUACCGUUUCGUAUUGUUAGUAGCUAUGUUAGACUUGUUCGCAUAACUAUUUACGUUCUUAAGUUUUUACGUUGCAAGUUAUUUGAUCGUGUUAAUGUUCAAUCUCAAUCUUGUCUCUUGCGUAAUAUCCCGUCCCUUCGGGACAUACUUUCGCACAAAUCACUCACAGCCCCAGAAUUCAUAGCCGCAGAGACAUUAUUGAUUCGUGAACAUUAUCGCGAAAGUGAUCACAUAUUGGAAAAGUACAAACUGGACCGUUUCAAUGCGCAUAUGGACGAGAAAGGUCUCAUAAGAUGUCCAUCUCGUAUGGAAAAUGUCCAGGUCACAGCACCAAUUUUAUUGGUGCCCUCACAUCGUUUCACAUAUCUUGUAAUCAUGCAUGCUCACAUUUCACAGUAUCACGUAGGUGUAUACGGACUCAUAUCACACUUAAUCACACGCUAUUUCAUACCUUCUAUCCGUCGUACCGUUAGGAAAGUUUUGCGCACAUGUGUUACGUGUAGAAAGGUCACUGGAUACGCAUAUCGAUAUCCAGAUAUGCCAAGCCUACCGGAGGAACGGGUCAAGAGAUCUCGACCAUUCCAAAACGUAGGACUUGAUUAUCUAGGACCUAUCUACUAUAGGGAUACUAACGGUAUACGAUCGAAAGUAUGGAUAUGCCUUAUCACAUGCAUGGCUACAAGAGCUGUACACUUGGAAGUUGUCAACUCGAACACUACUCAAGAUUUCCUUUUAGCUUUUCGCAGGUUUAUAGCUAGACGAGGAACUCCACAUCUCGUCUAUAGUGACAAUGCUACUACGUUCCAUUCGGCAAAGGAUACCUUGGAUAAGGUUCUCUUCACACCGACAUUAUGGAACAAGAUCGACAGUUUCCUUACUAACCAUAGGAUUGCAUGGAGAUUUAUUACACCUCUAUCACCUUGGAAAGGAGGAUUCUACGAAAGGCUUGUCGCACUCUUUAAAUCUGCAUUCGUAAAAGCUAUAGGACGUCAACUGCUCAAGUUGGAUCAACUUCACACAGUGGUAGUAGAAAUUGAAGCGAUCAUUAACUCUCGCCCUAUCACACCUUAUAGAGAAAAUGACGUUUCAAUUCGCGUACUGAAGCCUAACGACUUCAUUUCCCCAGAAGUUAGUCUUCAGCUACCACCAAGAUUACUGGUGGACGACAUUGCUGUUAGUGGACAUAGGUUAGCUGACUGGUAUAAGCAGACAGUCACUGUUCUAGACUCGUUCUGGGACAUUUGGCAUACUGACUAUCUGUCAGCACUUGUCCAAAGACAUCAACGCCGUCUACGGCAACCCAGAAACACAUCAAUACGUCCAAAAGUUAACGAUGUGGUCAUCAUUGCGGACGACAAGUUACCUCGAGGACAAUGGCAAUUGGGAAUCAUCGUCAAGCUCAUACAUGGUUAUCGCAAUGGAGUACGGGCAGUGCAAGUUCGUACAUGCAAAGGUAAGUUGCUUCACAGGUCGCUAAAGCAUCUUUACCCUUUGGAGAUAACCGCUCAAGGCGAUUAUGUCCCAAGAGCUAAACGUCAUAAGGUACGAGGAACAACUUCACCGACGAGGAUUCAACCACCAAGAAGAGCGAAAAACAUUCGGGGAAAUUGUAUUCGUAGUCUGACCAACUACUGUAUUCUUUAUGCGAAUAUGGAACGUGAUCGGAAGCAACUCGGUAAACGAAAGCAUGGACGGCAGUCGACCGCGUCAAAGGAAAAGGUAGGUUCGUCUAAACGUUCGUGUUCACAGUCAUCUGUUAGCUCGUCACGUUGUUCGACGCCCUUACCGCAGGAACCUUGCACUAGUCAGGCGAACACCACACAAGAGUCGACUAGCGCAGAGUUUCGUCUAUUUGAGAAAGUGUGGAAGGAGUUAGGUAAACUACCCAUACCUAAAGCCAGUCCACACGUAGAAACUCUACCUUUUGUAGAUCUUUCGAAGCAUCCUCACCAAGUAGAUCCACACACACGUCCAGCUACCAUAUGCGAGUUGAUUUCAGCAAUUGCUCGAGGUCAUAAUCUUAAUCGCAGAUUUGAUUGUGCUGUUGAUAAUGAUCUUCAGGCGUUUGCAGUACCACGCGCAUAUCGUUCAGCUGUACACAUCACACAAUUACUCACACUAUCGCUUAAUCCGUCUCACAUCUUUAACCCUUCUCAAUUAGGACAACAUGAUUAUGUUCUAAUUGAUGCAUUCUUAUACUCUGAUUUCUUUAAGCAGGUACGCAGCAUUUUCACAAAGGAAGUCUACGUCCCUGAUCUUAAAGAUUUCACAGGUGCUCGCGUUAAAUACCUUCCCAUUCUCAUUAUUGCUAAGACACUUAUCGCACUUUCACAUUUCACAGAACAGGCACUUUCUUAUCUUAAGGAACUUUCCACAGCGCCUAAGCCAACGCCGCGAGAUCUUCUAGAGCGCCUAGGAACACUAUACAAUUACGCUGAAAACAUCACACAGCGUCGCAACUUAAUGAACACACAAUUGUUGCCUUUAGUUUUCCAGGCUUCACCAUCAGAUAUCGAACUCUUUACGAAUCUGUUGGCUGCUCAGGGAGUUACUUAUAAUAAGAUCGUUACCACCGUGUUAACUGCAGCUACAACACAUGCAGAGAUCACAACAACGUACGAUCUUUAUCAUAAGUUACUCUCAGAAUAUCUUCGCUCACAAUCAGCCGAAACGCUUAUAGAAGUCCAGGGAGAGGAGAAGCUGCACGACAGAGAGGUAACCGGCGUCCCUGGGACUGUCCGGCGUAGUGGAGCGCAGGCUCCCACGUUCGAGACUUUGCCCAUACGUCCGGGGAUUUGUGCUUGCCGGGCCCGUAACAACAGUGGAGUGGCUGAGCAAGCCACAUGUGUAUGGGGUUUGCCACAGGGCUCGAAGAGCCCGGCCGCGGACGCCCGAGGGGCGGCGGCCAGAGGCGCCUCGCAAGUGACGGAACACAGUGUACGUGCUGGCAUGAAGCCAGAGACUUGGGGUUUUAGCAGUUACUACCUCCUGCUGGCGUACUAUUCCUCGGUGAACAUCAUGGCUACGUUCGGGACGCACGAGCAAUCGAUUGUCAAUGCCAUCGACAGACUGGAAACAGCAAGGACUCAGGUGGGUUUACACUUACUUGAUCCUUUCGUCCCUGACGGUUCGGUUAGUGAGCAGCUCCAUCAGCUCCACGAACGUCAGGAGGUUAUUUGCUCGCAUAUUUCUCGUCUUGAUGUAGCUCUUUCUCUUCUUCGUGAACGUUGUAAUGUAAUGUUAUAUCAUGUCUCUCUACCUUCCUCGACAGAGGAAGAACGGAGGGCAUACGAGUUACUCUUGGAGAAGUAUCAGCCUACGAAAGUUCAAGAGGAGGCUGAGACUCUCAUUCAUACGUUACGGUUGGCUCGAGAGGCGUGCGAAAAUACCAUCCAAUCCAUCCGUCUCCAACAGCUUGCUACCGUCAUUGCCGAUGACAACGAGGCGACAACACCUGUCUCGUUGAUGGAAUCUUCACGUCGUUCUUCGGAGCAUCAAGAAGUCGCAAAUAACGGAGUGCAACGAAGAACUGACGUCACAUCACAGAUUGAGGAUCGACCUGUCAAUCCGACAGAACAGCUUAGUCGACUCCACAUUGGCGAUUCCACACACCAAUCUGCUAGGGAUAGUCAACCAUCGCAAGAUACGGGAAUAGUUCCUCCAACGUUUCGGUUGCCCAUUCAGUUGGAGAAACUUUCAUUGCCUACUUUCGAUGGGGAAGCUACGAAGUUUCAGCAGUUUUGGUGCGCCUUCGAAAUGGCUGUUCAUAAGGACGAGACGAUCGACCCUAAUAUGAAGUAUCUCUACCUACAGAGUCUCCUAAAGGGAGAAGCGGAGAUAGUACUUCAGGAUAUGGAGCCAGGAAAGAACAACUACAAUCAGCUUGUCCAAGCGCUGAAGAAACGCUACGAUUGCCCAAGAAGAACUAGAGCCUUGUUGCAUCAACAACUUCAACAGCUCCCGCAGGCAUCCGAAGCCGCAACGGACAUGCGUAAUACCUGGUUCAGAUUAUCCGGAAUACUACAUUCACUUCGGAGAUUUGAGGAUCUCAACAAAGUCCUUUCUAUCAUCGAUCUUGUACGGAGUAAGUUUCCCUCGUUCAUCCAGGAGAAGCUUACCGAUACGGAGUACCAACGAGGAAAGGAUCUUGAUCUCCAGCAGGUGAUGGCUUGUCUAGACGACAUCAUCACUGCGAGAGAGAGGUUCGAAAUCACGUGCCCAAGAACGGAGAUAUGUACUGUAGGCAGAGAUCGUAAUCACAACUUGCAGGAAGAGCAAGAUCACAACUCACAUCACAGCACGCAACGGAGACGUUCAGGAACACGCUCACGCUCACAUUCAGGACCAUCACGUGUGACUUACGACCCUACUAGGUGUUCUUUCUGCGAUUCCACGUUUCACAGAACUUCGCGAUGUACAGAGCACAUACCAGCUUCCGUACGGAGGAAGAUAGUAUCCGUGUAUGGACUGUGUUUUGUGUGCUUACGUCAAGGACAUAGACGAGGUUCUUGUGACUAUUCGUCUUGUAGAACUUGUGGAGGAAGACACCACCCUCUUCUUUGUAUUCUUUCUCGAAGUGGAGGACGUACUUACGCAAGUAACUAUAGGUCGCUUAGUCGGGAAUUGCAGGAUUAUAGAGCAAGGUAUCGCUCCCGUAGAGACUCAUAUCCAUCUAGGAGUCCAGCACGGCAUGGUUCAAGAUCCCGAGACUAUUCUCGAGGUCGUACCUAUCACCGGCGCGAAAGCAGCUAUAGGAGUAGGUCGGAUACAAGAUCGCGAUCACCAUCAGAUCACGUAUCCUUCAGAUUACCUGUUAGAGGACACGAACACGACUCUUCGCCAAGAGAUCGUCGUCGAAGACCAUACCGUUCUCUAUCACCUUCGGCUCAUCAUCUAGGAGUCACAUCGGAUAGUGAGUACGAAGAUUACGUUCAAAGUUACGUGCGCUCACAAUUAGUUAGUAGACCACAUUCACAUUCACAUCCCACAUUGAUGAUGGUCAAGGCUAAGGUUUUGGACGCUCAGGAUGGGUUACAGACUGUUGUUAUCCUAUUGGAUUCUGGAUCUCAAUGUAGUUUCAUCACCAUCGCAGCUACAGAUAGACUUGGUCUUCAGGUUAAGAACAGGAAACCGCUCACGUUAGUCACAUUCGGCGGUUCGAGGACAACGGAGGUUUUAGGAACGGUGGAAGUCACCUUCGUCGAUUUGCUCGACAAACGACUAACAAUCCUUCUUCGUACGAAGGAUCGACUUACAUCUAGUCAUCGUUCUCCUCAGUUGUCACCAGAGGACAUUAAGUUUAUUAACGAUCUAGGAUUCGAUAAGCCGGUCUGUUGUACAUCUACAUUCGUCGAACCAGACGUCUUGAUCGGAAUCGACUACCUCUGGGAGAUAGUCACUCAGGAAGCAUCUGUCUGCCUUCCCUCAGGGUACUUCGUUUUUUCACAAGGACCGUCCGGAACCACACCCUCCGGAACAUAUCAGCUCCUUGAAGAAGGAAACGAAGAUGAAGACAUCGUUACCAGACUCUGGCGUUUAGAACGCUUAGGUAUUGCUGACUCGCCAUACGAUGACGACAACGCCGAACUCGACGCUCACAUCCUCAAGCAGUUUGAGGACACAUCACAGGUAAGUGACGGAUACCUCUAUGUUAGGUUCCCUUGGAAAGAAGAUCAUCCACGAUUGGCCGACAACAAGCAGUUAGCGUAUUGUCGAUUGGUCAAUCAAUACCAGAGGUUACACGAGCAAGGAAACGCUUGGGAAGAUUACUGUAUGGCUAUCGAUCAACAUUUGCAGUAUGGGUUCAUCGAAGAGGUAAGUGAAUACAAAUUUGACAGUCAUUUAGUGUAUUACAUUCCACACCAAGCUGUCUACAAGGAGUCUUCUUCUACCACAAGGCUCCGAGUAGUUUUCGAUGCCUCAUCACACAUGAGAGGUGUUCCCAGCUUGAAUGAUUGUCUUUACGAAGGCCCUUCCUUGUUACCAGAUAUUGCAGGUGUUCAUUUAAGAGCUAGGCUUCAUAGGUAUCUUCUUACGGCGGACGUUGAGAAAGCUUUUCAUCAAGUCCGUUUACAAACAUCGCAGCGUGAUGCCACACGUUUCCUCUGGCUAAAGGAUACGACUCUACCACCAUCCAAGGAUAAUUUGCGUCAUUACCGUUUCACAAGAAUCCCGUUCGGCGUCAAAUCAUCUCCAUUCAUGUUGGCAGCAGCAAUCCGGUUCUACCUCAAGCACAUCGAUUCUCCUCUUCGGAGCGAGAUCGAGAGAAACACAUAUGUGGACAAUGUCAUUCUAGGUGCUUCUUCUAAUCAAGAAGCUGUACGUAAAUAUAGGAUGGCAAAGUCUACAUUCGCUCACAUGCACAUGAAUCUUAGAGAAUUCUUGUGCUCUUCACACGUAGUUAAUGAUCACAUUCACACACGAGAUCGCAUCAAGGAUCCUAAACGUGCCAAGCUGCUAGGAAUUCCGUGGAACCAUUUUAGAGACACACUUCACAUUCCUAUUAAGACCAUAUGUGGCCGUGUAUACUCUAAGCGUACAGCACUUCGAGCGUACGCAUCCACAUAUGAUCCUUUAGGUCUUCUUACACCAUUUCUAGCAUCUGCCAAGCUCUUCAUCCAAGAUUUAUGGCUGAAGAAGCUUAAAUGGGAUGACGAAUUGGAGCAAGAGGACUUAUAUAGAUGGUCACGUAUUCUUUCAGACUUGGAACAUCCGUUACCUCACAUUCCUCGAUGCGUUACUCCUAAUCACAGGACAACGUACGAAUUGUGCAUCUUCGGAGACGCUUCUAAACGUCUUUAUGCCAGUUGUGCUUAUCUAGUGUGUCGAUCAUCCAACGUAUUUACAUCGAACUUAGUUAUGGCGAAAUCACAUCUCAAUGAGACUAAGCCUCUAACUAUUCCUAGGAUGGAACUGCUAGCAAUUCGGAAUUGUGUCUUUCUCGCGCAGUAUCUCCAUAAAGAAUUGGAUCUCACACUCACAUACAUCCACUUCUUUACGGAUUCACAGAUCACACUCCAUUGGAUUCAUUCGUCCAGACCGCUAAGGCAAUUCGUUCACAACAGGGUAAGUUCUAUUCAUAAGAUCUUAUCCUACUUUCAGGACAAAGGAGUGCCUACCAAGUUUCAUUUCGUCGCAUCCGAAGACAAUCCAGCAGACUGCGCUACGCGAGGACUAGCUACGAAAGAUGCGAAGAAUCAUAUUUGGUGGACAGGACCAUCUUUUCUACGACGAUGUCCGGAACAAUGGCCUCACAGCGAUAUGGAUUUCACAAUCCCUCCAGUUACAACGAAGGAGCAGGAUCAAGAAUUCAUGGAGGUAAGUUUAAUUCGAGAAAGUUCACAUUCUUCGGUUUUACCGUUUCGUAUUGUUAGUAGCUAUGUUAGACUUGUUCGCAUAACUAUUUACGUUCUUAAGUUUUUACGUUGCAAGUUAUUUGAUCGUGUUAAUGUUCAAUCUCAAUCUUGUCUCUUGCGUAAUAUCCCGUCCCUUCGGGACAUACUUUCGCACAAAUCACUCACAGCCCCAGAAUUCAUAGCCGCAGAGACAUUAUUGAUUCGUGAACAUUAUCGCGAAAGUGAUCACAUAUUGGAAAAGUACAAACUGGACCGUUUCAAUGCGCAUAUGGACGAGAAAGGUCUCAUAAGAUGUCCAUCUCGUAUGGAAAAUGUCCAGGUCACAGCACCAAUUUUAUUGGUGCCCUCACAUCGUUUCACAUAUCUUGUAAUCAUGCAUGCUCACAUUUCACAGUAUCACGUAGGUGUAUACGGACUCAUAUCACACUUAAUCACACGCUAUUUCAUACCUUCUAUCCGUCGUACCGUUAGGAAAGUUUUGCGCACAUGUGUUACGUGUAGAAAGGUCACUGGAUACGCAUAUCGAUAUCCAGAUAUGCCAAGCCUACCGGAGGAACGGGUCAAGAGAUCUCGACCAUUCCAAAACGUAGGACUUGAUUAUCUAGGACCUAUCUACUAUAGGGAUACUAACGGUAUACGAUCGAAAGUAUGGAUAUGCCUUAUCACAUGCAUGGCUACAAGAGCUGUACACUUGGAAGUUGUCAACUCGAACACUACUCAAGAUUUCCUUUUAGCUUUUCGCAGGUUUAUAGCUAGACGAGGAACUCCACAUCUCGUCUAUAGUGACAAUGCUACUACGUUCCAUUCGGCAAAGGAUACCUUGGAUAAGGUUCUCUUCACACCGACAUUAUGGAACAAGAUCGACAGUUUCCUUACUAACCAUAGGAUUGCAUGGAGAUUUAUUACACCUCUAUCACCUUGGAAAGGAGGAUUCUACGAAAGGCUUGUCGCACUCUUUAAAUCUGCAUUCGUAAAAGCUAUAGGACGUCAACUGCUCAAGUUGGAUCAACUUCACACAGUGGUAGUAGAAAUUGAAGCGAUCAUUAACUCUCGCCCUAUCACACCUUAUAGAGAAAAUGACGUUUCAAUUCGCGUACUGAAGCCUAACGACUUCAUUUCCCCAGAAGUUAGUCUUCAGCUACCACCAAGAUUACUGGUGGACGACAUUGCUGUUAGUGGACAUAGGUUAGCUGACUGGUAUAAGCAGACAGUCACUGUUCUAGACUCGUUCUGGGACAUUUGGCAUACUGACUAUCUGUCAGCACUUGUCCAAAGACAUCAACGCCGUCUACGGCAACCCAGAAACACAUCAAUACGUCCAAAAGUUAACGAUGUGGUCAUCAUUGCGGACGACAAGUUACCUCGAGGACAAUGGCAAUUGGGAAUCAUCGUCAAGCUCAUACAUGGUUAUCGCAAUGGAGUACGGGCAGUGCAAGUUCGUACAUGCAAAGGUAAGUUGCUUCACAGGUCGCUAAAGCAUCUUUACCCUUUGGAGAUAACCGCUCAAGGCGAUUAUGUCCCAAGAGCUAAACGUCAUAAGGUACGAGGAACAACUUCACCGACGAGGAUUCAACCACCAAGAAGAGCGAAAAACAUUCGGUCGUAUUCUGUGUAA